AAGAGGGUAAAGGAAACAGAGGCCAUGAGGGUUUGAGGUUCCAUAAUCUGGAAGCCAUGUUUUUCGUUUUGAAGCUAACGGUUUUUUUCCUCGUCGUGAGUAAUAUUGGAGUAACCACACAGGGAAAAGAUGUUGAUUUCACCUGCUAUGGAUUCGGAGGAGCUAAGUUGAGCCUAGAUGGCAUAGCCCAAAUCACAUCCAAUGGCCUUCUCCGCCUGACCACCGACACCAAGCAAACGAUAGGUCAUGCCUUCUACACUAACCCGAUUCACUUCCUUAACCACUCAUCAACCGGUAGCACCUCUGUUCUCUCCUUCUCGACCACUUUUGUCUUUGCCAUCCUCUCUCAGUAUUCUGAUUUGAGCGGUCACGGGAUGGCCUUUGUCAUCGCACCCACAAGAGGCCUUCCUGGUGCUUUUGCAAGUGACUAUCUUGGCCUCUUCAACUACACAGACAAUGGCAAAUUAACAAAUCAUGUGUUCUCAGUCGAGCUCGACACCGUACGGAGUGCAUUGUUCAAUGAUAUCAACGACAACCACGUCGGUAUCGAUAUGAACGGAUUACAGUCUGUUGCUUCUACUCCGGCGUAUUAUUUCGAAAACAUCGGUCGGCCGGUGAAUCUCACCCUUGUCAGUGGCCAGGCCAUGCGAGUCUGGGUGGAUUACGAUGGUGUACACAAGCAUCUCAAUGUCACAUUAGCUCCAAUCAAUGUUUCUAAACCGGCUCUUCCUCUCUUGUCAAAGCUUCUCGAUCUUUCUCCGAUCAUGGAAGAGUCCAUGUUCGUGGGUUUCUCAGCCUCUACUGGUUCUGUUCCCACAUCCCACUAUGUGUUGGGAUGGAGCUUCAAGCUGAACGGGAAAGCAAAAGAACUCGAUAUCUCCCAGCUGCCCAAACUUCCCCACAAAAGAAGGAAACCAGCCAUUCUGACCAUCUGGCUUCCUAUAAUUGCCUCUGCUUUAUUGUUAGUGAUAGUCGUUGGCACUCUGAUUAUGGUGAGAAGGAAGGUUAAAUAUGAAGAAGUUCUUGAGGAUUGGGAACUCGAUUAUGGGCCUCAUAGAUUCAAGUAUAAAGAUCUCUACAUGGCGACUGAGGGGUUUAAGCACAAUGAGCUCGUGGGUAUUGGAGGAUUUGGUAAGGUGUAUAGAGGUGUAUUACCCAUUUCCAAAAUUGAAGUUGCAGUGAAGAAAAUCUCUCAUGACUCAAAGCAAGGGAUGAAGGAAUUUGUUGCUGAAAUCGUUAGCGUCGGUCAAUUACGGCAUCGGAACUUAGUACCCCUCUUGGGGUAUUGCCGGCGUAAAGGGGAACUCCUUUUGGUAUAUGAAUUCAUGCCCAAUGGAAGCCUAGACAAGUUUCUAUUUGAUUCAUCAAUGCCGAAGCUGAAUUGGGUUCAGAGGUUUCGGAUUAUUCGAGGUGUAGCAUCUGCACUAUUUUAUCUUCAUGAAGAAUGUGAUCAGGUUGUGCUUCAUAGAGACGUUAAGUCCGCUAAUGUUCUAUUGGAUGGAGAAAUGAAUGGAAGAUUGGGAGAUUUUGGACUUGCUAAAUUGCAUGACCGUGGAACUGAUCCUCAAAUAACACAAGUGGUUGGGACGAUGGGUUAUCUUGCACCAGAACUUUCAAGAACUGGUUUGCCCAACCCAAGUACUGAUGUGUUUGGAUUUGGGGCUUUUACAUUGGAAGUUAUUUGUGGGAGAAGGCCAAUAGAUCCAAGAGCAUCAUCGGCAGAGGAACAGAUAUUAGUGGACUGGGUGUUCUCUUGCAAGAGAAAAGGGACAAUUCUUGAGACAGUGGAUCCAAACAUGGGGAUUAAGUAUGCAGAGAUGAAUGAAAUGGAGCUGGUGUUAAAUCUUGGAUUGCUUUGCUCUCAUUGUGAUCCAACAGAAAGGCCAACUAUGAGACAAGUUGUGCAGUAUUUGGAGGGAGAACUUCCUCUACCUGAUCUCUCAUCCCUUGGUUUGUUAGCCAGUGGCAUGACAUCUGCGGAUCGCGAAGGCUUCUUGGAGGUUCUGAACUUGUCGUAUCCUUCUUCUACUCAGAAGAAGAAAACUCUAUCAUCACCACUUGUUUCAGGAUUGGUACUCUCUGGAGGACGCUGAUUCUCACCCUACCAAUACUGGGCUUUGUUUCAUAAAUACCAUCACUUUUGAUUGUGAUACUUUUCCAAUAAUGUUUAUCUUAUAAAGCUAUUUACUUGGGACUGGACUCAUUAUAAUUUAGGAAUAAACUCAUUUUAAGUAG